GGUGUCAUGAAUCAUCGAUCCUGCACUCUAUCCUACGUGUUGAACUCAUGCUUGGAUUGCACGCUGUCCCAGCGCUUUGCUUGUUCAAUUCCACCUUCGAACUGUGCUCACUCACCUCGCUCAAAACCAAGGAGCUGUGCUCUCGUCAAAUCCCAUAGAUCUAGAUCUGGUGUAGACAGUUAGAUAGAGAGUCUAUUACAUAGACACAGGCACCACGAAGAGAUUAGGCGUUCCUCAUAAUCAGUACAGUCGCUUCCGAAAUCUGAAGUGGGCGACAUUAGUGUUGCGUCGAGAAGAAGCUGAGGGCAAACGAACACAGGUGCUGCUCCUGGACAUAGUAAUAUGCCGCAGGUGAGAACGAUGGUUUCAGCAGCGACUGAUCGAUCAUCAUCCGCUCGAAGCAUGAAGAUGCUGAAAGAAGAACAUGCCCGACGUUGCUUCCACUUUCAUACCCACGCUCUCGUUCUACAUGGAUGGGCUUCUUCUUCGACUUAGCAAUGUGAGCCCAUCUAUGUGGAGCUUCAGCUUCCGACCAUGAUCAUUUGGGCGGAGGAGGCAGAGGUGAAGGUGAAGGUGGAGAUAAUUUGGACACCACCCUCGUAAAAUUGUCUCUCCUCAUUCGUCCAAUCGAUCGUCGAUCAGCAAGCCUGCAAGCCUGCAAUUCUGGUUGUUCGUGUGCAUAUUUGUUUGCUUGCUUGCUCGAUCGAUCGAUUGUGUGUGGCAUUGAUUAUUGAGCCGAGCCGCGAUGGAUUGGAACGCGAGCAUGAUGAGGAACCAGUUCCAGGCGACGAACAGAGAUGUGAGGAUCGAGAGCACGGCGAGGGCGUGGUGGGACGAUGUGCUGUACACGCAGCGGUGGAUCGAGCAGCCUCGACCGCGCUGGAACGCGGCCUACAUCACGCCGCGAGUGCGAUGGAAGAUCAGCACCACGGCGCUGGCGGUGACAUACGACAUUCUGGCUCGAAUCACCGGGCUCACAUUCCUCGUGGCGAUCUGGGUGCGCUUCGUGCAGCAGCAGUCGGGCAGCUCGUCCGACGACUGCCAGGACUGCUGCGUCCCCUGGAGCACCGUGGCCGGCGACCUGCUCAAGAGCCUCGCCGCCUUCACGAGCCUGUUCGGCGGCGGCCUGAACUGGUGGAUCGGCGUCUACGGGGCCGACCCGCAGGCCGAGCACCCCAUCGUCGCCGGCGUGCCGGAGCUCGCCGGGAAGUUCCUGGGGCUCUGGGUCGUGAGCAAGUUCGCCGCCGGCCGCGACAUCUUUCGCGGCGAGCUGGGCCUGGGCCAGUUUCUGCUGCUCUCGGUGGGCGGCGGGUUCGUCCUCCUGCUGGCCUGGAGAAUCAUCUACGUGGGCCUGACGCGGGCCUUCGACCGGGUCGGGGAGUGGAUCGGGGUCGGGUCCGCGGGGUUCCAGUACUCUCCGGACCGCCGGACCGACCCGUACCUGGAGCUCGGGAGCGCCAGCAUGCGCCUCGUCGGCAUGCCCACCGUGGCUCGGGAGCUGCUGCUCUUCGGCCUCAACACCUUCUCGAAGAACAGCUUCAGCCUCCCGAGCCUCGUCUUCGACUUCAAGCGCCUGGGCAUCCGCCUCGGCAUGUACAUGUUCUGCUCGUGGUGCAUCCCCGAGAAGAUCGAGCUCCUGAAGCUCGACAUCCGGAUCCACGCCCACAAGUGGCUCGAGAGCCCCAGGCCUCGCUGGCUCGGGUCCGCUCCUCAGGUCCGGUGGAUCGUCGACACCGAGCGCCUCGCGGUCCUCUACGACUUCGCGGCUCGGGCCGUAGCCUCGUGCUUCGUGCUGGCCUUGUGGGCUCUCGUCGCGGCACGCGACGAGAGCGACUCCGCCCUGACGUUUACUCUACUCUUCGGGGGCGCAGUGUCCUGGUACCACGUAAGCCUGUGCGGUGACCUGGACGACGUGGUGUUCACGGUCCGGGACAUUCUGGAGCUGCUGGCGCAGUUCCUGGGCGUGUUCUGGCUGGUUCGGCAGCAGGCUCGGGACCAGCUGGGCGGGGUGGGCGUGCAGUACGUGGUCAAGUGCUUGAUCUUCUCCGUCGGCGGGGGACUGCUGGUCUUCCUCUCGUGGCGCAAGGUAUACCGGCACGUGCUGGACGGGCUGAUUUACAACGUGGGCGAGUGGGUCGGCCUUCGGAGCUCGACUUUCCGCGAGCACUCGGCCUGGUGGACUGACCGGCGAUCGCAGGUUGUCCACUCGGUGGACCGGUUCGUGGUGCAGCCGGCCCUCGCCCGCGAGCUCUUCUGCUUCGCCUUCAGGUUCUGCCGCAUGGACAACGGCGGCGGGGGGGACCUGGGGACGCUCACAUCCUUGAUCGGGCCCCUUCAGAAUCUCGUCGUUCGCUCGUUCGCCAUUCUCGUCGCCAAGUGGCUCUUCCUCGUCGCCUUCAACGCCAUGGUGAGCUACGGGCUCCUCGAGCCUUUCUUCCCCGCGCAGCUCACGCUCAUGGUGCACAGCGGCGGGCUGGAUUCGGCCUCGGCUGAGAAUUCUCAUGCUCCUGACGACGAUCGGCAUGGCUCGGACCCUCCGGCUGCGGAACGCAUUUCUAAAUCUCCUGACCGCGAUUCUGAAUCCGAACCUCCCAAUCCAAAUGAAGAAGAAAAACCUCGGGCGGUAGGCGACGCAGACUCUGAGGCUCAUGCAGCCGAGAGCGACCGCAGUUCAUCAUGAAGCCUCCUCCUCCUGCCUGUGAAGCUGGAAUCUGAACUUCAGAAACUGCCUCGCGAUGUUCCGAGCUCGAUAGUUGUAGCACCCCAGGCUCAGCAAUGAAAUCAGGAAUUUCAUGAUGUCCAUUGUCGACAGACAGUGGCAUUUUCUGUUACCAACUGUAGAGCGACGGCCGAGGGUGACUCUUUUUUGUAUAGGGAAACCAUUAGUUUAUGAGCGAUCGAGAGGAGUUCAUAGGAAGAUUUUGGCAGCAGUCUUGUAAAUUAAUUAUCUCCUGAAUUGGAAAUAUCCUCCUGACAGAGUGGUGUCAUAUCGACCAUCGAAGGCGAAUGAGGCGAUUGUUUAUCAAAGGCUCUUUUUUUCUGUGAGAAGCGCCUCGAUGAGAAUUAAACUGCAGUGUGUUGCGCUUUUUCGCCCCUCGAU